AUGUUGACGAUCAAGGUGGAGAGGGGUGGAGAUAUUCAUACAUACACCCUACUCGAAAAGUUGGGAAAAGGAAGUUAUUCGCAAGUUUUUAAGUGUAAGAGAACAAUCAAUGGACACGACGAGAUUUUUGCUGUUAAGGUAUUUAACAAGUCUUUCUUGCGAAACGAAAAAACAUGGAAACGAGUAAAUGGGGAAAUGCAGUGCAGGUCUGCAUUUGAGAAAGUGGAGCUUGAGAUUGCUCUUAUGAAGAAACUCAGCCACCCCAAUCUAGUUAAGCUAAUCGAUGUUAUUGACGACGAGCAUGCCGAUAGAUUAUACAUGGUUAUCGAGUAUGUCGAAAGGGGUCAGAUUAUGGUGUACAACCCCGCAACUUUAGAGUUCAUCUCUCCUGUAACAAAAACCAUCAUUCCAGAAGACAAAGCACGUAAAUAUCUAUAUGAUAUUAUUUCUGGACUCGAGUAUCUUCAUCUCCACAAGGUCGUUCAUCGCGACAUCAAGCCCGAGAACCUCCUUCUUACCAACGAUGACCAUGUGAAAAUUGGCGAUUUUGGUGUUGCCCAUCUUUUCGAGACCUGCAGCAACGCCCAGAAGACUCUCCGCGAUUCGUUGCCCGAAACAACACGUCCUCUGAACCGAAUCACUCGCUCGCAAACCGGCUUAUUGGACAACACAGCGGGGAGCAUUUACUUCUACCCUCCCGAGAGCACGACCGAGAAGGCGUACAACACGUACGCGGCGGAUAUUUGGGCUGUGGGCGUGACGCUGUACAUCAUGGUGGUAGGAAGACUGCCCAUCUACAAUCCCGAUCUCAUGAUGUUCUUUGACGAUCUGAUGGAGAAGGAGAUCGAGUACCCCGCCUCGCUCUCAGCCCCGUUGGUAUAUCCUUCAACCCAUGUGCGGAUUGCUAUUCUUUUCCGAGAGACGGAGGCCUUAACGACACUGAUUUGCUUCAGAAAUUCCUGUGUCGCGAUCCGCUGGCUCGGAUUUCCAUCGAUGAGAUCCUUGUACGCUGCGCCCCGCCUCUUCAGUGUGUAG